AUGAAGAUGCUGCGAAUCAAGAUCAUUGCCUGUUUCACUACUAUCGUGAUGCUACUUCUGACUAUAACAAAAGCUGAGACUGCUGUUCACCUUCGUAUGCAUGUAUACAACAAGGUCACGUGCCCAAGCGGUCAGGAAAGUAUCGGCGUAGCUGGCUGGAGCUCGGACGGGUGUGUCAAAUCUGGGAAUGUGUGCGUUGCCAACGUUGAUGGUGAUUGCCCUGCUGGGGCUCACUGUGAGAUGCUAGACACGGGUGUGUUUGGAUGUAUGGAUGGCGCGGAGGAGACGGCUGCUAGUUGGGCUGGCUGUACUGGGAGUGAACAAACGGUUGGUGUCGUGGGUUGGGACCAUGAUGGAUGUAUCUCUUCAAGUAACAUUUGUGUUGCUCAACUAGCUCCAAAAAAGCAUCACCAUCACCGUCAUCACCACCACAAGUCAAAGGACCAGAUGGCAGUAUCCUGCCCAAGCGGUCAGGAAAGUAUCGGCGUAGCUGGCUGGAGCUCGGACGGGUGUGUCAAAUCUGGGAAUGUGUGCGUUGCCAACGUUGAUGGUGAUUGCCCUGCUGGGGCUCACUGUGAGAUGCUAGACACGGGUGUGUUUGGAUGUAUGGAUGGCGCGGAGGAGACGGCUGCUAGUUGGGCUGGCUGUACUGGGAGUGAACAAACGGUUGGUGUCGUGGGUUGGGACCAUGAUGGAUGUAUCUCUUCAAGUAACAUUUGUGUUGCUCAAGUGAGCAAUGGUGACUGUCCGCCCGGUGCUUACUGCUCGCUGCUUGAUACGGGCGUAUAUGGCUGCGUAGCUAGCUCCAAAAAGCAUCACCAUCACCGUCAUCACCACCACAAGUCAAAGGACCAGAUGGCAGUAUCCUGCCCAAGCGGUCAGGAAAGUAUCGGCGUAGCUGGCUGGAGCUCGGACGGGUGUGUCAAAUCUGGGAAUGUGUGCGUUGCCAACGUUGAUGGUGAUUGCCCUGCUGGGGCUCACUGUGAGAUGCUAGACACGGGUGUGUUUGGAUGUAUGGAUGGCGCGGAGGAGACGGCUGCUAGUUGGGCUGGCUGUACUGGGAGUGAACAAACGGUUGGUGUCGUGGGUUGGGACCAUGAUGGAUGUAUCUCUUCAAGUAACAUUUGUGUUGCUCAAGUGAGCAAUGGUGACUGUCCGCCCGGUGCUUACUGCUCGCUGCUUGAUACGGGCGUAUAUGGCUGCGUAGCUAGCUCCAAAAAGCAUCACCAUCACCGUCAUCACCACCACAAGUCAAAGGACCAGAUGGCAGUAUCCUGCCCAAGCGGUCAGGAAAGUAUCGGCGUAGCUGGCUGGAGCUCGGACGGGUGUGUCAAAUCUGGGAAUGUGUGCGUUGCCAACGUUGAUGGUGAUUGCCCUGCUGGGGCUCACUGUGAGAUGCUAGACACGGGUGUGUUUGGAUGUAUGGAUGGCGCGGAGGAGACGGCUGCUAGUUGGGCUGGCUGUACUGGGGAGUGA